CCCACCUGAAUUUUGGGCCAAUCGUGUGGCCGACUGGUGGACAGACGCGUGCGGACUUGGAAAGCUUCCUGUCAUGUUUACGCGCGCGCAGGCUUCGCAUUUCCGUCCGCAAAAGCUUCGUCUCACGUCUCGAAGGGUUUUAGCCAGGAAAGAGAAGAGAAGAAGAAAAUGACGACGGUUGCUGCCGAUCCAGAAGAAAAAUCGUCGUAUCCGCGAGUAGAAAACAGCUCACAGGCUCUGGAAGAAAAGCCAUGGAUCGAGUACGCAAUCCAACAGUAUCAGAUCCUCAAAGCAACCCUCGAAGAAACAGCCGAUUCCGCCCUCCAAACCGCCCGAUCCCGUCUCUCCCAAAUCCAUUCCACUUCGUCCGCUCAUCUGCACCAAACCCUGGAGAGUCUGGAAACUAUCAAGGACGAAUUUGCUGCCUACGAGAAUCUCUUUGUCGGUAAAAUAAAAGAGGGUCUGAUCAUUGCGGGUUUGCAUCCAGCGAUCACGUGUGGAGUCGCUGGUGGUUUGGGAAUUAUCAUUCUCAAAAGGCCAAGGCGCUUCUUAUUUCAUAGCACACAGCGACUCUUCAUGAGUGAAGAGUCCUUGAUUUCCAAAGCUGAUGCCAAAGUGAAGGAGUUGCGAAAAGCAAUUGACAAUAUGAAGUUUGAAAGCAAAGUGCUGGAGGAGCGUGCUUCACGAGCAGAAGAGGAAAUGGAGCGGGGCAAGACGAAACUUAGACAAGCAGGACGUCAAAUUCAAGGUGUUAUUAAUUCAUCUUAUAAGAUUGAAAGACAAGCAAGUGGCUUGAAGGAUGUCCUUGGAGAACUUCCUAGCAGGGAAGCAUCUCGAUUCCGAUCACAGGUUUCUUCCCUUGCAUCCGUCACCAAGCAGGAAAGGAAAGCUCUUGCUAAAGAGGUGUCGAAAAUUACUAAUUAUGGAAUUUCAAUCUGAUAAUGCAACCUCUUUCUACCUCCAUCCUUGCUUGUUUGUCAGAUUUCCAAUGAUCACGAGAUUCCCAUGAAUGCGGAUCUCUUCCAUAAUAUGUCAGGAAUAUACACAAGGAGAAGACAUUUAGAAUAUCCCAAAAAAAUAAUGAAAUGUUGAGAAACCCCAGCAACCUUUUCGGCUGAUUUGCAAUGCAUAUGGUACAGAUUGCUUUGUUCAA